AUGGGAUGUGGGGCGAGUACGUUGACAGAGGAGGAGCUGCAGGCGAGACAGACGUCGAGGGAGAUAGAUGUACAGUUGCUGACAGAGAGGAAGGAACUGCGCGAUGAGGUGAAGCUCCUGCUGCUUGGGGCGGGCGAAUCCGGCAAGAGCACGUUCGCCAAGCAGAUGCAGAUCAUCCACAAGAACGGUUUCACGGAAGAGGAGCGCCUCACCCAACGACCAGUCAUCUGCUGCAACGUGCUCGACGCCAUGAAGAAGCUGGUCCAGGCCGUGGAGCGGUUCAAGAGCGACCAGCGCGCGCCCGGCCCCGAGCUGCUCGAGGACAACGAGGAGGCGGCCGAGGCGAUCGACGAGAUCGACCUCACCAACGACCUCCAGCUCACCGGCCAGACGGUCCAGUACCUCAAGGCCCUCUGGGCCGACACCGCCGUGCAGGCCGCCUACGAACGCCGAAGUGAGUUCCAGCUGAACGACUCGGCGGCGUAUUUCUUCGAUGAGCUGAGUCGGUUGGCGCGGACGGACUACGUGCCAUCGGAGGCCGACAUUCUGCGACUGCGGAAGAAGACCACGGGCAUCAUCGAGACCAGGUUCGUCGCCGGUACGCUGGGCUUCCGCAUGGUGGACGUCGGCGGUCAGCGCAACGAGCGCAAGAAGUGGAUUCACUGCUUCGAGGACGUGAAGUUGGUCAUCUUCAUCACGUCGCUGUCCGAGUACGACUGCGUGCUGGAGGAAGACGAAACGACCAACCGCAUGCGCGAGUCGCUCUGCCUGUUCAGCGAUGUGAUCAACAACCGAUGGUUCAUCAAGACGCCGGUCAUCCUCUUCAUGAACAAGAAGGACCUGUUCGCGGAGAAGAUCAAGCGGGUGAACCUCAACGUGUGCUUCAAGGGCUACCGGGGCAAGCAGCGAGACUACGACGAGGCCAUCGGCUACAUCGCCAAGCGAUUCAUUGACUGCAACAAGUCGCCGUCGCCCGAUCGACAGACCAUCUACACUCACCAGACCUGCGCUACCGACACCGGCAACGCGCGCGUCGUCUUCAACGCCGUCGACGAGAUCCUCGUCUCAGGGCUCAUACGUUACAACGGCUUUGGCUGA